CAUAUGGGGACAUGGUGCCACAUGGGGACGUGGUGCCACUUGGGGACAUUUUGGGGUGCUGGGGGAAAUGGGGACAUGGUGCCAUAUGGGGGCAUGGAGCUGUAUGGGGCCAAGGUGCCAUAUGGGAACAUUUUGGGGUGCUGAGGAAAUGGGGACAUGGUGCCAUAUGGGGACACCUGGAGAACGUGGACAUCGGGGUGGUGGGGACAGCUGGGGGAAAUGGGGACGUGGUGCCAUAUGGGGACAUGGUGCCACUUGGGGACAUUUUGGGGUGCUGGGGGGAAAUGGGGACGUGGUGCCAUAUGGGGACAUGGUGCCACUUGGGGACACCUUGGGGUGCUGGGGGAAAUGGGGACGUGGUGCCAUAUAGGGACAUGGAGCUGUAUGGGGACACCUGGGGUAGAUGGGGACACGGUGCCAUAUGGGGACACCUGGGUGCCCCACGCUGGGCUGCAGGCACUGUGUGUCCCCCCCCCCUUUCUUGGUGUCCCCCCCAGAAGCCCUCUGCCAUCUGUGCCCACCUGGAGCUGUGCCCACGGCAGCCCAGGGGGGUCCCGGCUGCGUCCCCCCACAUCGGUGCCCUCCUGAAGGACGCGGCGCUGCCGGUGCCGCUGCCGCUGUGCUGGCUGUGCCGGACCUUCCUGGCCCGUGCCGAGGCUGCCGUCCCCAAGGAGGCGGUGGCGAAGGCGGUGUCCCAGCUGUGCCGGGCGCUGCCGCUGGUGGCCGCGGGCGCGUGCCAGUGCCUGGCGGAGCGAUACGCACAGCUGCUGCUGGAGAUGCUGCUGGGCCGCCUGGCACCGCGCCUGCUGUGCCGCCUGCUGCUGUCCUGCGGCCCCGACGACGGCGCUGCCGCCCUGCUGGCACCCAUGGGGGAACCGGCGAGCGUCCCGCCGAGUGCCGAUGGGCACCGGGACCCUGCUCUGUGGCAGGUGCUCGCCGAGCUGUCCCCAAACCUCAAGCUGUCCCCAAAGCCAGGGCUGUCCCCAAAGCCUGGACCCUGCGCCCUGGGCCCGGCCUACUGGUGCUCCAGUGCUGAGACUGCCCGGCGUUGUGAGGCUCAGCUGUACUGCCGGGACCGUGCCAGGCUGUAGGGGAUGGAAGGAGCGGCUGCAGCCCCAAAUAAAGCUUGGAUGCCAGCAGCACGGUGUCCCUGUGCCUCUUUUUGGGGGUAAGGGGAGCAAAUUGAGACCCAAAAAAAAGAGUAGAAAAGGUUUAAAGAACAGGCAGAAGGAAAAAAAAAAAAAAAA